AUGACUUGCCAGAACAAUUCAUUAAAUGAAAUCAACAUUAGGGGAAAGAUUGUGAUGUGCUAUGUAGGACGCGGUACAGAAAACAUUAAAAAAGGUGAUGCCAUCAAGAAUGCUGGAGGCGCUGGCAUGAUCAUUAUGAACUUUUUACCUAAUGGAUUCACAACAUAUUCAACCCCUCAUAAUCUUCCAGUAUCACAUGUGAGCCAUAUUGAUGCCCUUCAAAUUGAAGAUUAUUUUGCUACAAACUCUGAACCAACAGCAAAGAUCACCUUCGGUGGCACUAUAUUUGGAGUUCGGCCAUCUCCAGCAUUAGCUGCCUUCUCAUCAAGAGGCCCGGCCAAGUAUAAUGGGAACAUUGUGAAACCAGAUGUCACCGCACCUGGAGUGAAUAUUCUAUCUGCAUGGCCAGUGGAAGUUGGGCCCUUCCCAUCCGGUCUAAAAACAAAGACAUUCAACUUUAUGAGUGGCACAUCCAUGGCCGCAUCUCAUGUUUCUGGAAUUGUGGCUCUUAUUAUGAGCAAGUUAAAGAACGACAACAAGCGCAAAUGGUCAACUUCAGAAAUCCAAUCAGCACUCAUCACCACAGCCAACACAUUCGACUUAGAUGGAAAACCAAUGUUCGAUGAAGCAACUUAUAGAAACAGUGCCAACAUUCUCCAACGAGGUGCAGGGCAAGUCAAUGCAACAAAUGCCAUGGAUCCGGGUCUCGUUUAUAACAUUGAAUCGGAUGAUUAUGUUGCCUAUCUUUGUGGAAUUUUUUCUAAUAACAGCACAGUGGUGCAAUACUUCACCCAAAAUUACACCCAGGACUGUACUAGAUCCAUCUCUGGUGAUCAACUCAAUUAUCCCUCCAUAGGUGUGCCAAUAGGAUCAAGCUCAUCGAAGAUCACAGUCAGUAGAACAUUGACAAACGUGGGUGAUGCAAGGGAAAUCUAUAAUGCCAAGAUCAUAGAACCACCAAGUGUAAAAAUGGAUCUCUCGGAAUAUAGCUUGAGCUUCACACGACUAGAACAACAAAUUACCUAUAGUAUCACAUUCACCAUGACUGAAGCUCACCCAGGCUCUGGAGUAUAUGAACAAGGAGAAUUAUCAUGGGUGUCUGACAAGCACACUGUCACGAGUCCCAUCUACAUCGCAUUCUAG